AUGUCCCACGGUGGGAUGUCUGCAAGACUUUCUCUGUCUCUGUACCGUAUAGAAGCGGAGAUCGAGCGCUGCCGAGCCGAGUGUCAGUGGGAUAGGAUCCAGGGUCUGGUGGAACAACUCGCGGCUGCUCGCUUCCAUGAGGACGAUGACUACGGGUUGCUGCUCCAGACUGAGGCUCUGCUGGAGAAUUGCCUGCUAGAGAACGUGGCUCUUCUUCGGAGCUCCACCCCUCUGUCCGAACACACUCAACCCAAAUUAGCCCAAGCCAAAGGCCAUUUGAACAGCCUACUGAGCAGAGGACGCCUGGAGCCACGCUACCUGAAUGAAGCUUUAGUCCUACUUGCCAAAGUGCAUUACGCACAGGGUCACUAUCGAGAUGCCCAGGGCAUGUGUGCACGUGCUGGCAUUGAGGAGUUCACUCGGGAUGAGCAGCCCCUUUACCAUCUGCGCCUGCUGGCUGAGGCUUUUGUCAUCAAAGGUCUGUCUCUGGACCAUCAAACAGUGUCUGCUGCCUCGCGUAUUCGUCUCUCUGAGAGAGAGGAAGAAUGUCUGUCCUGUUACCUUCAGGCCUGCGAUACUGCUCUGCACUACCUGCAAGAGUUAGACAAGGCUGUUUGCUCAGCAAGUAACAAGACGGCCAAAAGCAGUGUAUCAUCUAGUCCAAUAGAGGUGGACCCAGGUUACUUCCUGCAGGCUGCUCUUCAGAGUGCAUAUCUCUGCCUGUUACACAAAGGCCAUUUGGUUCAAGGGAUUAAGCAGUUGCGUCAGGUCUUGAGAGUGGUCGAGAGCCGCGGGUCCCAGAAUUUUCGCAAGACGGUAGCAAAGAAGCUUUCAGAGGUGUUGCUGAGUUCAGUCAGUGAGGAAAGCUACUGGGGACCACUUUCACCUCCACCCCCCACAUGGCUGCACAAAGAGGGAGCCACACACCCAAAAGAUACCACCUACCCUUCCUCCAGACCACCACAAUACUACAGCACAGAGGGAGCGUUCUGUCCACAGGACGUGGUGGAGGAGGCCGUUCUCUUGCUGCUCAUCACCGAGUCAAUGGCCAGCGGUGAGGCAGUGAUCAGCCGCACACCAGAGCACAAGGAGGCACGUGAGGCCAGCAUCCAGGAUGCUUCCUCUGUGUAUGACCUGCUCAGCAUCAGCAUGGCCAGGAGGGGGCAAUAUGGCAUGCUGUCUGAGUGCUUGGAACGGGCUAUGAAGUUCUCCUUUAGUGAGUUUCAUCUCUGGUACCAACUGGGUUUGUCUCUCAUGGCUAGUGGAAAGAAUGAAGCUGCUGUGUCUGUGCUUAAAGAGUGUGCUAGGAUGAAACCUCAGGACCCCACACCACCUCUGUUGGCAGCCAAAGUGUGCAUUAACCAGCUGCACUGGCUAGAUGAAGCCGAAGCUCUUGCAAAAAGUGUGAUUGCUUUGGGUGAAGGAGCUGAGGAGUCUCUCGCCAGAGCACACCUUACCGUAGGACUGUGUUAUAGUCUGCAAGCUUCAGAUGCGAUACUGAAAGGUGACAGAGAUGAGUUCAACAGACAAGCUCUACACGCACUACAGACUGCUCAUGAAGUGGACCCCCAUGACCCUCAGAUUGCUCUCUACCUCUCUCUUCAGCUGGCAUUAGUGCGACAAGUAUCAGCAGCAAUGGAGCCUCUGCAGUUGGCUUUAAAUCUACGCAGCGAUGACCUGCACUCCUUACAUCUGCUUGUGCUUCUGCUGAGUGCUCAGAAACACUACCAGCAUGCCCUGGACACACUGAUCCUCACCCUCAGCCAGUACCCUGAUAAUUUCAACUUGCUCUUUACUAAAGUGAAACUGGAGGAGGCUCUGUAUGGUCCAGCUGUAGCUCUGCAGACAUGUGAGGAAAUGUUACACUUGUGGCAGACUCACUACGAUUUUCCCCGACCAAGUGAGACUGAUGACAACAGCAGUAUUCCUCUUCCUGAGCCAGGCCCAUUAAGCAGAAAGCCCAGUGGCCUAAAUCUCACACUACCAGAUUUUCAGGAGACAGAAACAGGCUCUCAGAGUGCUCCAUCCCUGGCCGUGUCUCGGCUGGAGCAGGUCUUGUCAGAAGGGUCUGCAGUCAGCUCUAUCCAGAGACAUGGCCCUGCCCACAUUUGGACCACUCUGGAGCGCAUCUGGCUUCAGGCAGGGGAGCUGUUCAUGGCUGACGGACGGCUGAAGGAGGCUCAGUUUUGCGUGCAGGAGGCAGGAGCACUUUUCCCCACCUCUCACUCUGUGCUGCUGCUAAAGGGCCGACUCGCUGAACGCAGAGGCAAUGAUACUGAGGCCAAGAGUCUGUAUGAUGAAGCCCUGGCUAUCAACCCUAGAGGACACCAUAUACUAAUCCGCCUAGGGAAGUUGUUGGUGCGUAUGGGCCGCAUUGGCUUAGGAGAGAAGGUGUUGCGUGAUGCCGUGCAGACCCAUAGUCUGGCCCAUGAAGCGUGGAGCGGCCUAGGGGAGGCGCUGCAGACCCACGGCAGCGCACAAGCCCCUGACUGCUUCCUCACGGCCCUGGAUCUAGAGUCCAGCUGUCCCAUCAGGCCUUUCACCAUCAUCCCCCGAGAGCUGUGAGAGCAGAUUCCCAGCAAGUCUCUUACACUUACACUCACACAUAAUAUAAUAUUCUAUGUUAUAUUUUCAGACUCUGGUUUCAGUCUCUCGAGUCAAGAAAUUUAUCAGGAAAACUCUUUUUCUAAAGCGCUGAUCAUAGGUACUGUAAAAAGAUUAUGGGUUUAGUAUUUUAACUAUGUUAAUGAGAAAUUACACAAGAAUUUGUAAUAACACCUAAAACAUGCACAUUAUACAGCAAAAGUGUAAAAAUAACAGACAUACAACUGCUAUACCAAAGAGGAUGUAUAACUGCACUAUAUGACUGUACAAUACUGUAUCACAAAUGCAUACACAGCCUGCUAAAUCAAUAAAACAUAUCCAUGUCACAGACAUAUACUGUAUGAAAAUCGUUAGGCCACUUUAUUGUAUGUAUUUUAGAUAUGUGAAUAUCAGUACUUUCUCUAAAGAGUGAUUCUAAGACCACUUGUGAUUUGUUCCCUGACUGUGUACACAGUCCUGGAUUUCAAAUGCUGUAUUUCAGCUUGGUGCUGUCUUGUGUAAUAUUUCUAGUGCUGCCGUGAAACUGUAAUCCCCAUUUACUUUCUACAUGGCUGCUGUGGUUGCCUAGCAGCAAGCCCCCUAUUCGAGUUACUGGGGAAACUGGGAGAGUUGCAGGUAUAUGGGUCUCCCAGCACUGAGGGCUUUUAAAGGAAAAAGGGGGAAAAAUGCCAUACUUUUUUUCAAGGAUGCAUAGGCUCAGGCUGUUAACAAGAAAGAGAGUGUGGCAGAUGAAGGAAUUCUGUUAUGUAAGAGCUGUAGGUCGGUUUCUUAAAGCAGAAUGGUUUCUGUCCUCUUAAACACAGAACAUGUAAAGCAAAAUAAUGACUUGAAGGGCAAUAGGUUUGUCAUGCAAUGUUUAUGUGCUCCCAUAUUUACUUAUGGUGCACCUUUCCAUGCUCUUUACUUGGAACAGACCAUCUCUCUCUCUCUCUCUCUCUCUCUCUCUCUCUCUCUCUCUCUCUUCAAUUUCAAAGUACUUUAUUGACCUUAUUGUUAGCUUACAGAAUAAUAAAAAAUAAAGAAAAACUGCGACAAAUUAUAAGGUGCCAAUGUAGGACAAAAGAAAAAUAAAGGAAUGUUAUCACUCA